GGGGUCGCCGGCGGGGGGUGAGCCGGGUCUCGGGCAGCGGUGGGGCAGCAAACCUGCAAGGGUUUUGUCAGGGCGGCCGCGAGGCUCUCGAUGAGCCGCUCGGCCUCGGCGCCGACACCCGCGGUGCAGUGUGCUGCCCGGGACUCCGCAGGGAAGAAGGUGGCCUCCUCAAGCGAGGUCGAGGGGCAUUGUCGCUUUGGGCCAAAAGUGUCUGCUUAAACCCAUAGAAAUUAACACCUGUUGGCUAAAGAAAAGGUUUUCCUGGUGUGUUUGGUUUCUGGAGGUUUGUAUGUGUGUGUGAUCCACGCGCGCACUGUGGAUGAAGAUCAAGGAAAUCCCUUUACUUAUAGGAAGUCUUGACUUUUCCGAAUAUUGGGGGGGGGGGGUUAUACCUAAAACCACGUGCAACUGUUAUUUCUUCAACUAGCGCUAUUUUCUAGUUUCCUCUUUUGGGGGCGGGGGUGGAGAGCGGAAGGGGGCCCACUGUUAUUCCUAAAAUAAAAUUUCUUACUACUGAAGUUCCGUAUUCAGAAGACUACUGCUUUUGAUGAUUGAGCAACUUUACUAAUUAUUGAGACCGUUGCUGCUACUAUAAACGAACUACUUAGAUUUCGGAUGUCCAGUUGUAAAAGCUUACUUAGUUUUUAAAGUAGAGGCAAGGUGAUUUUGAUCCUGGAAAGGGUUAUGGUAUUUCAUUAAAUAUACAUACACAAAUUGAUCAAUCAAAUCUCUUUAGGUGGAGGUGGUUGUAUCUCUUCAUUCUUACUGAGAAGAUGUAUCAGACAGACUUUUUUUUUUUUAAACAUAACACCAAAUCAGACUUGUAUUCACGUGAUAGCUUUUUCAUAAACUCUGUAACCCGAAACAGCCGGUUAACCCACUUUUUUUCCAGCUGAGAAUCAGAUGAUUCCUAAAGGCCUCAUAGGACUGAGGCUGUCUGUUGAUGCUAGGUGAGGGAAUGAAUGAAACUGGUAAAUAAUAGGAAGCUUUAUCAGUAAAGUGUCUUAAUAUCUCUGGAGUUGUUAAUGUACCUAGGUUGACAGUGUUGUGGUGCUUGUUUUUUAAGGGGGGGAAUGCAUUCUAAGUAUGGGACUAAUUCAAGUUGAACAACAGACUUCUGUCUGUUCAUUUAACACACACUGUCGAGUGUCCAGUCUGCCAGACACUGUCUUAGGGUGUCAUGAAAUAGUUAUAUGGACGUAGUCUCUGUACCUAUGAAACUCAUUGAUGCUGAAGGCAGGCAAUAAAUAAGGCCAAAAAAAAAAGUGUGUAUAUACUUACAAAUUGAAUGAUGUGUAAUGAAAGACUAAUUUAUGAAGAAAAACCUAUUUUGGUUGGAUGUUAGAAGAAUUCAGUAUGUAACCUUGAAACGUAAAACUAGAGGAUCAGUAGUAGAAUGUAACUUUAGAGAGGUCAGGAAAGACACUGGAGGUACCAGGAAUAAAGAGCUGGUGCCCUUUAGGAAAGGCAAGGUGGCCACUGUGGCUGAGGCAUAGAGAAGCAGAUAGGCAGACACCACAUUAUCGAGAGUUUUAUUCCAAAUGCAGAGAGAAUAUAUUGUAAAGCUUUUGAAGAGAGGUGACCUUACAAUAAAGGGUGAUCUGAUUAUUUGCUUAGAAAGUUUAUUCUAGAGCCAGAUGCUCAGCAGAUAAAGACCCUUGCUGUGCAGCCUAACCAUCAGAGUUAGAGCCCCAGGACCCACAAUGGUGGAGGGAAAGAGUAACUCCCAUUAAGUUGUCCUCUGACCUCCACACAUGUGCUGUGUGGUACAUCCACUCCCACAAAAUAAAUAAAUGUACUUAAGGAGUAAAAAGAUUAUUCCAGAUGAUUUCUGGAGAUUGAAUGUGGCAAGAGAGCUAGAAACAACCUUUUUGAGGGGUUGGGAGUCAAGACAGUCUGGCUUUGUAGUCCUGGCCUUAGCAUUUCCUGUUGAGAUGGGGACCUUGUGGACAUUCUUCUUCCUCUAAUUUAGUAUUUGGAUUAUAGGCAUGUAUCACCACACCCAACCUCUGAAAACAGCCUCAUAAAGAUCCUUCAAUUUAAUUUUCUUUCUUGUUAGAGGUUUAUCAUAUUUCAUUAAAAAUGGUAAAUCUAAAAUCAGGAAAAGAGGGCUGGAGGUGGCUCAGCCCUUCAGAACUUAUGUUGUUCUUACACAGAACCUGGGUUUAGUUCCCAGAACCUUCAUGGCAGCUUAGAACCAUCUGUAACUCCAGGUCCAGGGACUCCCCUACUCUUCUCUGGCCUCCUUGGCACUUGGCAUCUACAUGUAUAGAUGUAGGCAAACCACUCACACACCACAACAAAAUGGAAACAAUUGUAAGAAUUACCUUAGUGUUUCCCCAGUUUACCUGUCUAUUGUAUUUUUUCUUUUGAGAUAUGCACUUUGUAAUCUACUGUCAUGAGUUUUGUCUUUUUUUAAUUUUUGAAUUUUCAAAUCAGUAUUUUGAUAUGAAGUCAUUACUAGCCUUAAAAGUACAGCAAUCCUGUCUCAGUCUUUUGAGUACAGGGAUUACAGGAAUGUGACGGUCUGGCCUGUCUGUCUCUUCCGUAUACAUAUCCUGGAAUGGAUGGAAUGACAGAAUUCUCAUUGUCUGAGUUCCAGGACAGCCAGGGCUACACAGAGAAACCCUGUCUCAGAAACAUACACACACACACACACACACACACAAGAAUAGCUCCUCUUAGAUCUCUGUCAUUUUAUUCUACUUUCACAUGGAACUGUCCCAUAGGAAUUAGCACUGCCUUUUGAGUUUUAUUUUAUAUGUAUGGGUGUGUUGCUUGUGUGUGUAUGUACACUAUAUGUGUGCCUUUGCCCAAGGAAGCCAGAAGAGGGCAUCUGAUUCUCUAGAACUAGAGUUUAAAGAUUGUCGUGAGCCACCAUGAGGGUGCUUGGAAUUAAAGGCGUGCGUCACCACACCUGGGUUUUUUUUUUUUUUGUUUUUUUGGUUUUUUUUGGUUUAACUGCUGCCAGCUUUCUCUUUUGAAAUGUUAUUGAUAGACACAGUUCCACACUGGGAAGCCAGUAUAGCUCCCAAAAUAUAAGUUAGCACACCUGGCCACUUGGCACAGUGCUUCCAACCAGCUGAAUAGAUCAUGGCUCUGAAACCCAGAAGACACAAGCAAAAAGGGGAAUGCCUUCGUCAGUACAGUGUUCUCAGCUUUCAGGGGCUCAUCAAAGAUCUGCCUUCAUUUGCUGGACCUUCAGAAGAGCAGCAAACGGGAAGUAAUUUCAGCCCACUCUAGGAUACUCAGAAACUUACUUAGGAUGGAGCCCUUUCCUUCUAGAAAUUGGUUUUUAAAAGUCUUUAACAAUGUACGAGAGAGAGUGUGUGUUUGUGUGUGUGCAGCAUUCUGAGUUUAGAAGAGUGUGUCAGAUCUGGAGCUAAAGUUACAUGAGUGGUAAGAUCCAAACUCGGGUCUGAUACAGGAGUAUAAUAUGUGCUUUUUUUUUUUUUUUCUUUUUUCUUUUUUUUUUUUUUUAGAAACAAGGUUUCUCUGUGUACUCUAGGCUGUCCUGGAACUUGUUCUAUAGCCCAAGCCUGGAACUCAAGAGACCCAGCUACCUCUGCUGGAGUGCUGGGAUUAAAGGUGUGCAACCCAGGACAGGCAGGAGUUGUGCUCUUAACUACUGAGUCAUCUUUUUAGCCUUCUUUCCUUAAAUUCUCUAUGCCAAGAACAGAUUUUUUUCCCUCUAAAUCAUUUUAAAUCUUAAUUCUCAUUUAGUGUUCCUCUCUACUUGGAGAUUUUUAUUUUAUUUGUGUGUAUGGGGUACAGGUGUAACUGGACAUGUAAGGAGAUCUAAGGAUGUAAGAAUCCAAAACUUCAAAAAAAUAAAGAAGACAAAGCUCAUGACAGUAGAUUACAAAGAGCAUAUUUCAAAAGACUUAGAUGGUGACUUUGUGGAGUCAGUUCUCAACUUACUGUGUGUUCUGAAGAUCAAAUUCAGGUUAAUCAUGUUUAUAUGGCAAGCACUUUAAGGAUUAAGCCAUCUCUCUAGUCCUUGGGAUUUAUUUCUCUAUUUCAGAGACAAGAUACAGUCCAUUCAUCAAAUCUCUCAGUCCUCCAGUUUUUUAUUUUGUUUUUAGAUUUAUAUAUGUAUAUGAGUGUUUUGCUUACAUGUAUGUAUGUGUACCGUGUGUGUGCCUGGUGCCCUUGGAGGUCAGAAGAGGAAGUUGGAUCAUCUGGAACUGUAGACAGGUCCUCUGGAAGAGCAGCCCAUACUCUUGACCUCUAAGCCAUCUCAAUAGUGCAGUGCAGUGCAGUGCACCACCAGCUUUUGAAACAAGGUGUUAUUGUAACACAGACAUAUGUGUAUUUUUGAUAGUAUAAACAGAGACCUUUGAGGUCAGCAGAACUUAGAGUAGUUACAGUAUGGGACUAUCCGAAUGGCUCAGCAGGUCAAAGUGCUUGUCAGACAAGUCUGACAGCUUGAAUUCAGUCCCUGGAACUCAUCAUAGUGAAAGGAGAAAGGACUCACAUUAUAUUCUAAUCUCCACAUGUGUAUACUGAUAUUCACACACACAGUAUAUCAAGUAAAAUAAAACUUUGAGAUUAAAAAAAUAGUGUAUGAAUAUUUUGCCUGAAUGUAGUAUGUAGUUCAUGCACUAUGUGAAUGCUGUGCCCUUGGAGGCUAGACGAGAGCAUUGAUCACCUAUAACUGGAGUUCCAGUCAGUUUUUAGCCACCAUGUGGGUGCUAGAAAUCAAACCAGGGUCUUCUGGAAGAGUAACCAGUGCUCUUAACCACUGAGCCAUCUCUCCCAUCCCAAUGGCUCAGAGGUUAAGAGCAGUGGCCGCUCUUCCAGAGGUCCUGAGUGCAAUUCCCAGCAACCACAUGGUGGCUCACAGCCAUCUAUAAUGGGGUGUGAUGCCCUCUUCUGUCACACAAGCAUACAUGUAAAUAGAGCACUCAUAUGCAUAAAAUACAUAUUUUUAAAACAUUUUUAAAAAAUGUUUAUAUUCUGGCCUUUUUUUCAGAAUAAGUGUGAACCUUUAAAAUAGCUGUAGAUGUAUAGAUACAGAUAAAGAAUAAGAGGAGAUGUGGAAUUAUUUUUUCCAGAUAGUUUUAAGCAGUUACUUCAUAAGCAAGGUGAUAACAACAUAGUGCUGUGUUCUCCAUCUUCAUAAAAUCAGCUUCCUCUUGACAUCUCAGCUGUAAUUCAAGCAAUAUCUCAGAGGACUUCUUUAGACACCAGCCUAAUCAGAGGUGACUGUCUCAACCGAUGUUGACUGUCAAGAGUGGUGACAUGUGGCUGAAUUUAGGUUGUAUUCUGGGAUAGCCCUUAAUAGACCUGCUGACUGAAGGGAUACAGAGUAAGAAAGAAAGACAAGUUGAAGGGUGGACUGAAGUUUUACCCUGAGAAAGUAAAUACUAAAAAUCUGAUGGUAGGUCUUCAUGGACCACGUUUGGAGUUAAAAUUUCAGAUAAUUUAAAUAAACCUGUCAGAUAAAAAGUGGAUCAACAGUUAGCUGCACCAGUCUGGUUUUAGAGGAGGUGCAAAGCAGAAGGUGUAAAAUUAGAAGUUAAAACUGCAGAGAUGACUUUAAAGGAUGACACUGUCGGGGGUGUGUGGUCUCUGCCCCUUUCCUGCCCCUGUGCCUUACCCUCUCACAAGCAACAGCAACAGCAAGAAUGGACUGCAACCCCUGAGGCCCACGCCUCAAAAUAAAUGCUAAGACAAAAACAAUCAGGGUGAUUAAAGGUUGGUGGUACAUGCCUUUAAUCCUAGCAGUCGGGAUGUAGAGGCAGGCAGGCUGAUCUGCAGAGUGUGUUUUAGGGCAGCCAGGGCUACACAGAGAAACCCAGUCUCAAAAAAAUUAAUAAUAUUUUUAAAAAUCAGGCUUAAUUUUUAUAGGCUAGUUCUAUGUGAAAAUAUAAAUGACCAUCAUGACAUCUUAAUAUUUAAAAAGACAAAUGAUAAUCUCUCCAGAGAUUUCAUCCUCUCUAGAGCAAGGCUUCACCAUCUCCUUAUAUCAGAAGAGACAUAGACCACUGUGCGGUGGUGGGUGGUACAUUCUUGCUAUUUGAGCAUUUAGAAGGCUAAGGCAAGAGGAUUCCUGUCAGAUACUGGUCACUCUGUCACACAUUCCUGACAGCAGUGCCUAGUGACAGCAGCCACUUUAUCUUUUUCAGGUUGAUGCCUACAUGCUUGGAAGUAGAUUUGCUGAAGGCAAGGGCACUUUUCUGGGCAGGGCGAGUUGAGUACACUCUGGGGAUUUGGGUUGUUGAUGGGUUGACUUUAGGGAGAUACUUGAGAGCCAGCUAUUUUUUGCUACUAGCUUUUCAGCAUUUAAUAGUAUUUCAGAACAUGGAGACAUAGGCACGUUCUGAGAUUUCUUACUUUGAUAAGCCAUUCAGUGAAUUCAAGGAAAUUUAAUGUUUAAGACAAAAAUACCAGGAAAGUAAAGGAGAUUAAAAAUAACCUCAUGUCAGGUCUUAUAAUAGAAUCCACACUUGCCUAGAGCAGCUUUGCAGCUUUCUUGCUUGCUGUUGUGAGCUUUUCUGCUAUAGAAUUUUCACUGUUUUGUGUAAUAAAGGAAAGAUUAUGUAAUCACUUUAGAGACAACCUGUUAGCCUUAGGCUUAGGAAUUGAGGUUGUAAGUUUGGGAUGUUUGUACCCAAAGCUAGGGAGGGCAUACAAAAGAAUGAAAGGUAAAGAGCAAGAGAAGACCUUAGAUGUCAAGUCCACUAAAGCUUCAGUAGCCGUACAUUCCCCACAAAAAAGCACUAAAAAUCAUGCCUUGCUGGAGGCUGCAGGACCAAGUCAUGUUGCGAUCAAUGCCAUUUCUGCCAACAUGGACUCCUUUUCAAGUAGCAGGACAGCAACGCUUAAGAAACAGCCAAGCCACAUGGAGGCUGCUCAUUUUGGAGACCUAGGCAGAUCCUGUCUGGACUAUCAGACUCAAGAGACCAAAUCCAGUCUUUCAAAGACCCUUGAACAAGUCUUGCGUGACACUGUUGUCCUUCCAUAUUUCCUUCAGUUUAUGGAACUUCGGAGAAUGGAGCACCUGGUGAAAUUUUGGUUAGAGGCUGAAAGUUUUCACUCUACAACGUGGUCCCGAAUAAGAGCACACAGUCUAAACACAGUGAAACAGAGUUCACUGGCUGAGCCUGUCUCUCCAUCUAAAAGACAUGAGACUCCAGCAUCUUCUGUAACUGAGGCUCUUGACAGGAGGUUGGGGGAUUCUAGCUCAGCCCCACUGCUUGUGACUCAAUCAGAAGGAACUGACCUGAGUAGUAGAACUCAGAACCCUCAGAACCACUUGCUGCUUUCCCAGGAAGGCCACAGUGCCCGUUCUCUCCAUCGUGAGGUGGCCAGAACAGGAAGUCAUCAGAUUCCCACCGACUCCCAGGACUCCUCCUCCAGACUUGCAGUAGGCAGUAGAAACAGUUGCUCUUCUCCACUGAGAGAACUGUCAGAAAAACUAAUGAAAAGUAUAGAACAAGAUGCAGUGAAUACUUUUACCAAAUAUAUAUCUCCAGAUGCUGCUAAGCCAAUACCAAUUACAGAAGCCAUGAGAAACGACAUCAUCGCAAAGAUUUGUGGAGAAGAUGGACAGGUGGAUCCCAACUGUUUCGUUCUGGCACAGGCUGUAGUCUUUAGUGCAAUGGAGCAAGAGCACUUUAGUGAGUUUCUGCGAAGUCACCAUUUCUGUAAAUACCAGAUUGAAGUGCUGACCAGUGGGACUGUUUACCUGGCUGAUAUCCUCUUCUGUGAGUCAGCCCUCUUUUAUUUUUCUGAGUACAUGGAAAAAGAAGAUGCAGUGAAUAUCUUACAAUUCUGGUUAGCAGCGGAUAAUUUCCAGUCUCAGCUUGCUGCCAAAAAGGGCCAGUAUGAUGGACAGGAGGCCCAGAAUGAUGCCAUGAUUUUAUAUGACAAGUACUUUUCCCUCCAAGCCACACACCCCCUUGGAUUUGAUGAUGUUGUACGAUUAGAAAUUGAAUCUAAUAUCUGCAGGGAAGGUGGACCACUUCCUAAUUGUUUCACAACUCCAUUACGUCAGGCCUGGACAACCAUGGAGAAGGUCUUUUUGCCUGGUUUUCUGUCCAGCAAUCUUUAUUACAAAUAUUUGAAUGAUCUCAUCCAUUCAGUUCGAGGAGAUGAAUUUCUUGGAGGGAAUGUUUCCCUGGCUGCUCACGGCUCUGUCUGCCUUCCUGAGGAGUCUCACUCAGGUGGUUCCGAUGGCUCCACUGCUCAGUCUAGUGUGAAAAAAGCCAGUAUUAAAAUUCUGAAAAAUUUUGAUGAAGCAAUAAUUGUGGAUGCUGCAAGUCUGGACCCAGAAUCUUUAUAUCAACGGACAUAUGCAGGGAAGAUGUCCUUUGGGAGAGUUAGUGAUUUGGGGCAGUUCAUCCGAGAGUCUGAGCCUGAACCUGAUGUGAAGAAAUCAAAAGGAUUCAUGUUCUCACAAGCUAUGAAGAAGUGGGUGCAAGGAAAUACUGACGAGGCCCAAGAAGAGCUAGCUUGGAAGAUUGCAAAAAUGAUAGUGAGUGAUGUUAUGCAGCAGGCACACCAUGAUCAACCACUAGAGAAGUCUACAAAGCUAUGACUCGAAACCAGAGAUAAGGAAAUCUGAUUUUGAAAAAAAUAAGAACUUUCCCCUUUGGUUGGAUUCUUCAACACAGCCGAUGAAAACGGAGCACUGCAUUUCUUUUCACUGCUAGAUCACUGUUGUUUCCAGGGAAGAGUGGGAGACAGUCCGAGAGUGGUUGUUAAAUGUAGACAUAGAUGACACACAUGACAGUAACACAGUGAGUCCCGAGAUACAAAGUGGUGGUGGCGACUUAUUAGACCAUUUUCCAGUGGCCACGCUCACUGGGGUAGACAGGGACCACAUGCUCGCAGCAGAUUACUUCCUCAGCUGUGUCAGAAAGCAUGACAGAGGUGCUUCAUUCUUGUCUCCUAGAGGUCACAGGUGAGUCAGCCCUGCCUGGAGCGAGCAUCUCCAAGUGGCAGUGUGGGCCAGCAGCCUGUGGAGCAGAGGACAAUUCCUUGCCUAGUCUUCCUUCACAGAAGCAUUAAUUUAGAAAGCUGGCAAGUCGUGGGUCAAGCCUCAGUGUUGCAUCCUUUCCUUCGCUGACAGAACACACUGUUCACCUUUCCUUCACUCCCGAGGUGAUCGAUCCUUAAAGCUAGUCCUUCCUCUGCUGACAAGAGGGCGAGUUUAGUUUACUUUGAGCAUCAAGACCCAUUCCGCUAUCAGAACGCUAUGCUCCAGACGCUUCAUUCCCUCUUCAGAAUACACAUGGAAAAAAUGAGCACUCCAGUUUUUCCCUGUGGUCCUUAGAACACAUUCACAAAAUUGGUUUUAUUUUUUAAUAAGGUGGGGACAGAAGCACUCCCUUGUGGGUGUCUCCCCAAUUCUUCACUGUGAGUGGGAAAUGUGCAGUUGCCUUUUCCCUCCCUGUCUUAAGACAGUAGGAGACUCACUCGCUGCCCUUCUGCUUAGUUGGCUUUGCACUUGUGGCACAGCCGUUGGCGGGGCCACCCCGCUGGCAAGCACACUCCCCCAGCCUCACGGUGCCAGUGCUUCCUUGUGUGUAACAGCUUAGAGAGAAAGGAAGUUUUCUUAGGUGUUAUUGCUUUUGCUCAGAAUUUGCAAAAGGGUGUGUGUGUGUGUGUGUGUGUGUGUGUGUGUGUAUACACACAUGUACAUAUAUAAUUAUUAAUCACCUCUGUCCUUGGGGAAAGUCUUGAAUGAACAGAAAAUUUAUUUCAUUGCAAUAUUGAUUGUACAGAGGCACACUGUUCAACAGAAGAAGCAAAAAGGCUGUGUAUAAGUUUUUGGUACUAUGUACCAUCUCUGUUAUUCUGAAGUAUUCAUGUACUUAAACCAUAUUCUAUUUAAUUGUGUUUGAUUUUAAAUAUAUAUAUAUAUGAAUUAUAUUUAAAAUGGUGUCAACUUCCUGCUUUCAGGGCAUUUCUGGCUCUCCUGUUGAAGUAUAUUGACCCUUCCUAAUAUUUCCACUUGUUUUACAAAACUCCAGAACAUAAUCCCCAAUUGGACAUAGCCUUGUGUUUGGGUGUAGACAUAGACAUGAGGUUUUAAUUAGUGUAUGUGCUGUUGUGGCUCUUCUGUUCCUUUAACAAAGCAUUUCUCUCCAUUUCAUAUCGCUUCAAACUUUAAGUGAAAAGCAACAUAAAGACAUAGAGUCAAACGUGAUUCUGAGUGUCCUCUGCCUUUGCAUGCUUCAGGGUAAAAAAUCUGUAAUGCUCUCGGCUGUUUAAACUAGUGGGUUUGUUAAAAUACUUUCUAGUGAUUUCUUUGUGCAUUUUGUGCUUCUGAGGUCAAGAUGUCAGUAUUUGUAAGCUAUGUCUAAGGGGAAAGAGUAAACCUGAGAUUGGUUUUGUUUUCUGCUCUGCCUGCUCUGAGAUACAGGAGCAGAAGAAUCCAAAUCAAUAAGACCAAUUGUAUGUUAGAUCCUUGUACUUACUUAAAAUUAGCACAAGAUUCACCUAACAUUGAUCACCUACCUACCCACGUGCUACAGGCUCUGUGCAAUGUAUCCACAAAAUGAUUCCCUGACAGGGUUUUUAAGUCUAAGGAAGCAGUUGGACUUCAUUCUUAUUAUUCCAUUGUUGUCAGCUAGCAGAUUGUUAACAGUCAACCUACUAAGGAGAAAAUGACAGCAUUGUAAUUGGCUUGUCUUCAUCAUUCCUACCUGAAAAGCAGGUGUCAGCCACAUCCAGUGAAGUGCACUGAAAGGCAACAGACUUCUCUAGUUUGAUUCCAGUACCUGUUGGGGCUUUUUUGAGAUGUAAAUUGUUUAGAGUACUAGAGCUUUUGUUUUCAGCUGUUUGAGACAAGGUUUCACUGUGUAGUUAGUUUACCUUUAGCCUUCCAAAGUCAGGGACUAGAAGCUCAGCCUUCAGACCCGGCUUUGCUGGUUUGUUUGAGCAUCAACAACUAAGCAGCUGAUGUAGCAGCUGAUGUCUCUAAAGGCACUGUUGAGACUCUGCCUGACUCAGCACCCUCAGUGGCCUUGCUUUUUUCUCCCUCUUCACUCUUUUCUAGCAUGCUAGUUGUUGAAGCCAGGGAUGAACUAAUUGAAACGCCCAGUGAUAAUUCUGUAUCUUGAGGCUUUUGCAUGAAGGAGAAAAAUCAGUCACCACCUGGAAGAGGAGAUGAUCUGAGUACUUCCGCAGGCAGGAGUUGGCACUGGUGAACAAGCAUGAGAGAUAGGAGGCUUUGGUAAGCCUGAGCACUUCCCUUGUCUCUUCAUCCAGUUCUGUACCCUCGUCUUGGUUUUCAGUCAUCCUUAGGGUAUGCUUAGAAUGCAUCUGGAUUUUUUUUUAACAUGAAUCUAAAGUGACUUGUUAGUACAUGCAACAGAAAGGAUCUUGAUUAAAGUACUAUCACAGUGCUCUAAAACACUAACAGCCAUGUGUUUAGCACAUUGCUAAUUACUGUGACAUUUUGGAACAGAAUUUUCCUAUAAUAAGCCUGCCUUGGUCAUCUUGUAUAUACUGUUGAAAUGGAAUCCUAAUCUCCUGGAACUAAAACAUUUAAUUCUUUUUCUGAGAAGUUAUUCACACCUUAGAAAGGCCCUAUUGUAUUGCAGGAUGGUCACUAGAACUCAUGCAUCCUAGACCAGGGCCUCUUCAUGUUUCCUCAUGCUCUACCUAAGAAUAAGCUUGAUCCCCACUCUUUAACUGUCUACCACCAAGAAACAGAAGACAUUUCAACUAGCAGGGAGGUGGUGACGCGUGAGACCUAUGUAGGUGUUGAGUACAUCUAUAUACUAGCCCACACCUCUAUACCUCAGAGCUAUAAAGUAGCAAGUAGCCAUAAACUACUUGUUAAAACUCAUCAAUGCUACAACUUGAGGGAGUCACAUUAAUAGUUGUCCUGUGCUCUGAGUCCUUUCCAGGUAAGCUCUGAGGAACUGCCUCUUUGCUUGGGCAGAGCUGGGAGUGGCUCAGAGUAAGAGGAUUGGUACUGUGGGCUUUGGACAAGUGGGGAAGGCCAAAAAGAGUAUUUAAGGUAUUGGUUCAAGCAAAGGCUCCAAGGGUAUCACGGAGGGCCUGCCUGAGUACACCAGGAGGUCAGUAUUCUUGUCUGGUGAUUUGUGCAUAUCCUUGGUUCAUUGCAAAGUAGCCUGCUUUGACACACUAAAGAUGCUGUAGAACUUGAAUGGGAUACAUUAAACCCUUUGCUAAAGAUGAUACAUCAACACCAGAGGAACCUGAGGUUCGGGUAGGAAGGUACAAGGAUCUUGGAGUGGGUUCCUAUUUCCCAAGAAUGAAUGAGAGAUGAAGAUUCCAACAUGACUGGUUUCUUCUGGUUUCAGGUUCCAAGACCACUCUUAAAAUGUGCCUUCAGGCUGGUCCUUAAAUGAUCCCAAGUUGAUCUCUGCCUGUAUAAUAGUAAGAAUCCCACAUACACAGUCAUGAAAGAGUUAUUAGCCACCAAGUAUGCUGGUACCUAUAAUCCCAGAACACAGAAGGCUGAGGCAGAAGGAUCACAAGUUUAAGGCCAGCUUAGAUAAAACCCAGUCUCAAAAGUGUAAGCAAGUACUGAAGAGAUUGCUUAGUAAUGAGAGGGUAUACUGCUCGCUCACACCUAGCCUCCAUGUGCACCUACAUUCAUUCACAUUGCACAUACAGGGGUGUGUGUGUGUGUAUGUUAUUUAAAAUGUGUGUGUGUGUAGUUUAAAAUGAAAACACUUUGUAGCUGAAAUAAACACUCAACAAAGACUUGGCCCUUCAGACUGGUAUAGCUCUAAGUGAUAGCCACCAAAACUCAGCCUGAUACCCAGAUUUUUCUUUUUCUUCUUUUGGCAAAGAGCAGCCUUUGUUCCUUCUACUUAACUGCUAGUUUGGUGAGUGUUUAGUCUAAGUACUAUUUAUGAUUCCAUGGUAGAUGAGAAAAUAAGAUUAACAUGUAGAAACCCUUGGAGUUGCAUCUAAAACAUGCUGGGCUCAGGUGUCUUUCAGUGGUAGAGUGCAUGCUUAGCACACAUGGGGCUCUAGGUUUUACCUCAGCACCAGUAAAUCAAAUAUGAACUAGUUUUUUUGUGGUCUUUUUUGUUAUUUAACUUGGGUCCUUUUGGACCCAUGAUUCAACUCCUCUACCACCAAGAGCCCUACUGGGCAUCACCACUCUUCCAUACCUUCCUAAUUUCUCCACUCUCUGAGGAUUAGCCACUGUACCACCCCACUCACCUGCUAUGAGUUUGGGCGUUUGGUCACGUGUUGAACAAGGUGUGCACAGCUUGUCUGAUCAGCAAGGCUGUUUCUGAACAGCACAAAAAUAGAGUGCAGGGUUGUUCUUGGCCUCAGGGUGCUUUGCAGAACUUUGGGACAUGUUAAUUCUUAGAGGCUAGAAACGGGAAGAGUUAUGUAAGUCUAUCACAUGCACGUGAUAGGAAAUUAUGACUUUGGAAAAGCCUAGCUGAGAAUCGAACUACUCCAUGAAGUGGUGGACUUUAUGAAUCUCUCUUAUUGAUAAUAAUAACCAGUAUAAUUGAUCACUUAGGAUGUGCUAAGCACUGUCUCUGAUUCUUAUGACUUAAAAGGUGAGUACUCGUUUCUUUUUUAUGUUAAUAAGUGACACUGAAGCUGGAAGAACAGAGGACUGUAGGAUCACACAGCCAGGGACAAGCCAGUAGCUUAAGUUUUCUUAACCCUUUGACAUCUGCUAUACUACUCAGUAGUGAGUCCUGGCAUCCAUUAUAGCAGUAUGGAAACACUGGCAGACACUUGGCUUAUUUAUCACCUUUUGGUACAACAAUAAGCUACGCCAUAUGCAAAGACUGUGUAUGAGGAAUAUGUAUCUGAUUAUGUAUAGAUAGAUUAAGAGCAAGUUAGCUGGGCAAUGGUGACGCACACCUUUAAUCCCAGCACUUGGGAGGCAGAGGCAGGCGAGGCCAGCCUGGUUUACAGAGUGAGUUCCAGGACAGCCAGGGCUAUGCAGAGAAACCCUGUCUCAGAAAAAAAAGAAAGAAGAAAGAGAGAAAAGAAAGAAAAACUUAAGCAGCCAGGAAGUGGUUGUGCUUAGUCUCAGCACUCAGGAGGCAGAGGCAGGUAGAUCUCAAGGCCAGAGUUCAAGGCCAGCCUGGUCUACAGAGUUCCAGGACAGCCAGGACUGUUCCACAGAGAAAGCCUGUCUCAAAUAAAACAAAACAAAUAAAUAAAAGGGAAGAAGGAAAAACUUAAGCUGGGUGUGGUGGUACACAUCUGUAAUCCUGGCUUUUAGGAGAUAGAAACAAAGAUGUAGUUAAAAACGAAUAUCAAGGGCAGCUUGGGCUGUGGAGCCCUUGUCUUAAGGAAAGAAAGGAAGGGAGGGAGGGAGGGUAGGGGAAGGUUCCAUCCUUAAACAUUAGAGUUUUUGUUUUUGAAGUGGUCUCAAGCACAUCAGUCAGGUUUCCAACUUCCUAUGUAGAAGAGAGUGAUUUAGAACUCCUUUAUCUCCUACCUCCCAAAGAGGCACAGGCAUGUACAAACACACACUUAUGUAAUGCUGAUAACCAAACUCAGGGCCUUGAACAUAUUAGGCAAGCAUUCUCCCAACUGAACUGUAUCCCCAGCCUGAAAAGCACUUUUCUUAAACUUCAUUGUGUACCUGAGUCCCCAGAGAGACUUGUUAGCACACAGGCUGCCUAGCUAACCCCCAGGGUUUCUGAUCUAGUAGGUCUGGGUAGAACCUGAGAAUUUUUGCAGCAGAUUACAGCUGCUGGUGGUAAGAUUACAGUUUGAGACUCACUGCCUUAAAAUCUUCCUUGCAAUUAGGGGAAUGAGUAUUUCUGUUGUGGGAAUAUGUUCUCUUAUUGGGAGUAUGAUUUAAUUCCUACUCUUGAUAUCUCGAUACCCGUAGUCUCUCAUUAAUAUCCAGGUGUUUAUCAAAGCUGACAACAUCCAAAUCCCAGUCCUCAGUCUUUCCUCCCUGUUUGUCUCAGCCCCUUGGUUCUGGCUGCCCUCCGAGGUGCCCAUGCACCCUCGCCUGUUCUCUGCCGACCGUCUUUCCGUAGACACUUGUUUCAUUCUCCCGUUCCUCCUCUCUGUGCAUCCUCGUCUCCAGUUCCUCAUCUAGCGCAUAAAUCCUUACGACUGUUCUGGUUCUGAGCAGUGCAGCAGUUCCCUGCACAGACUUACUGCUUUGUCUUCCUUGCAGUCUAGAACAUUUUCUAGUAUUGACAAUGCAAUGUAAUCUGUUCUGAAAGAGGAAGAAGCCUGUUGGAGUUAGGGUAGGUGGAUUUCUCCAUCUUUUCCUUUUCUUGUUUGUUUGUUUGUUUGUUUGUUUGUUUUUUGAGACAGGGUUUCUCUGUAUAGCCCUGGCUGUCCUGGAACUCACUUUGUAGACCAGGCUGAACUUGAACUCAGAAAUCCGCCUGCCUCUGCCUCCCAAGUGCUGGGAUUAAAGGUGUGCUCCACCACGCCCGCCACUCCAUAUUUUCAUUCACAGGUUUCUCCUCAGCCCAUUCUUUCUCCAAAACCUGCCUGUUCUGCAUGGUGUUCUUUGAUCCUCUCACAGUCCUGAUGCUCGCGACCAGGAACACCUGCUCCAAGCUGCUGUGACAUUCACAUUCAGACCCUUACUUGGAAGGCUACCCUCUCUAGUAUCUGGCCAGCUGCAAACUGUUGGGGAAUCAAGGGGAUCUCUCUCUCCCUUCCUCUCCCCAAAAGUUUUUGGUACACCAUUCCCAACUUUUUUUCACAACUUCAUUUGCUCUUGAGACAUCACAAUCCCUGACUGCCUAACAAUCUGGUCUCAACCUCUCCCACACCCCUGUAACUCACCUUGACAUUUCCUGCUGUUGUUAGCUUCUGAUGGCUUCUCACAUUUAUAGUCUGUGUGAGCCUCAGAAAGGCAAGUUUUGUGCAGUUCCAAGCUUCUCCUACUUGAACGAAUUGGGAGUGGGUGCUUUUUUGUUUUGUUUUGUUUUGUUUUUCUAUAAAAGCAGGACAGAGAGAUUUCUCAUUAUUCCAGGGAAACAUCCCCUCACUAGUACAAGAGUACAUUUGCAAACCAGCCUUUCAAAGAGCUAUUUCAAAAGCAAUAAGCAAGUGGUUCCAUGGUGAGGAUUACAAACACACCCUCAGGGUCAGUCAAGGGUGAGGAGGACAGUUCUACUAUGACAAGACACAUUGGGCCAGACUCCGUGGGAGAGUGUCAGACAUACAUCUUUAAAGUGCUGUAUCACAAACAGCUUAGAUGCAAGCAAAGGAGAGCUACUUAAAGAAACUAGGUGUAGAUAUCAUGAAGGUGUUGAUUCAAAAGAUGCUUGUGGAGAAUUUGAAGCUAAUUGUUAACUUAAUGUGAGAAUGGGGAAAAGCAAUAUUUUGUAUUAUUGUAAUAUAUAUAUAUAUUGUUAUUUUAAAAUAAGCAUGUAUAAUUAAAUAAAUUAGAUAUUAUAAAUAGA